CGGCCUGGAUGUUCGAGGUGCAGCACCAAGGCCAUCGAAUGUUAUUAUCCCACCAACACGCCCAAAGGCACAGGGCCAAAGAUUCAGCACAGUGAUGAUGUGCCAGCCGAACGGCGGGAUCUUGCGCCUCUGUUGGUGCCAAAGUCUCCCAGUGCCGAGAAUCGUCAAGAAGCAGGUGAUGCUCGUGAUAUAAUUCUCGACAGCACGCUUGCUAUAUCAGAUGCAGAAUUUGCAGCUUUGGGUGCGGAAUAUCUGGAUUGGGAUAACCCAGAUGGCAAUUUCGGCGAAUUCUUGAAUCUACAAACGACCGAUGAGAGUGUUCUAUACCCUUUAUCGGGUUUGUCAUCUUUAGUUCAUCAUUCAACGCCUUCGGCCAAUUCAACAGAUCCGCAAGCUCACUCUUCUCCCAAUGUAUCGAUACCAAGAUCGCCAACUCGGAUGGUACGAUCAUUCAUCCUGCGGCCUAGAUUGACGACCGGGGCACAAAGUAUCGCCAAUCUUAUACUCCGCACCCUGAUAUCUUAUCCCCUGAUGAUGCUGCGCUACAACACCCUUCCACCUUUCAUUCAUCCGUGUUUGCUAUCUUCCGAUGUCGAGAAUGACCACAUGGAGCCACUAAGCAAUUGUAUCAGUCUGGUUCAUAUGAUCAGUAGUGGGGCGAAGGGGAGUCGAAAGUUGUUCUGGAAAAACGUGCGGCUGGAAUGUGAACAUAUAUGUGAAGAGCCUGUGAAGCUAGGUGAUUGGGCUUUGGUCGCUGCUAUGCAAGCCCUCUCUAUCUAUAUCCUCAUAAGGUUGCAUGAAGGCGAGACAGACCACAACAACCUUGAUUUUCUACUAGUCACAACCGUGACCGUAAUAGCCAAACAGAUCGCCUUCCGCCAUAUCUCAUGCAGCAUGCAGUACACGCUCCGCGACUACGGACUCGACACACCCUGGAAAGAUUGGAUAUUCGAAGAAUCGCGACGAAGACUAGCCAUCAUCUACCGCGUCGUGAACAUGCUCGUCUACUUCGAGCCCGCAGCGAUCUGCGAGCUACAGACCGACCUAAUCCUCGCACCGCUGCCGGCGAAGAAACAGCUGUGGGAAGCAGGCGAUGCGUAUGUGUGGAAGGCGGAGAGCGAGAGGGAGCCCGGCGUGCAGACUGCGUUUGGGCUGGCUGCCAACGGCGACCUGGUCAAGUUGGAUGAAAGCCAGGAGCUGCUUUGUAGCGAUGCGGUGCUGCCGUAUCAGACUUUGCAUGCUGGGUGGGAGGAGUGGUGCUUGGGGAUGGAUGGGUUUGGGGGGCUUGUGAUGCUGGCUGCUUCUCUGGUGGCGUGA